AUGACAGAAUUAGAGAUGGAUUCUAUAUUUCAUGAGAAACAAGAGGGCUCUCUGUGUGCCCAACACUGCCUGAACAAUCUUCUUCAGGGGGAGUACUUCACUCCAGUUGACCUGUCCUCCAUUGCCCACCAGCUCGAUGAAGAGGAGAGGAUACGGAUGGCUGAGGGGGGACUGGGCAGUGAGGAGUACAGGACUUUUCUUCAGCAACCUUCUGGUAACAUGGAUGAUAGUGGAUUCUUCUCAAUACAAGUCAUUAGCAAUGCUCUCAGUGUGUGGGGUCUAGAAUUAGUACUUUUCAACAGCCGGGAAUACCAAAGCCUGAUGAUAAAUCCCAUAAAUGAGAAGGCUUUUAUCUGCAAUUACAAAGAACACUGGUUUACCAUUCGCAAACUCGGGCAGCAGUGGUUCAACUUGAAUUCAUUGCUGACUGGACCUGAAUUGAUAUCAGACACAUAUCUGGCACUAUUUUUAGCUCAACUACAACAAGAAGGUUAUUCAAUUUUUGUGAUCGGAGGCAACCUGCCGGAGUGUGAAGCAGAACAGAUCCUGGCUUUUAUGAGAGUGCAACAACAGCAGCGACCACGCCUCAUAGGAGAAGAAGAGGCACAAACAAGCUCAGGAAGCAGGUCUGUAGCCCUGGGACAGAAUGAGAUUGUUGUUGGCGAUGAGGUCAUAGGGGAUGAAGAUGAAGAGCUGAAGAAGGCCUUGGCUCUCAGCAGACAGGACAUAGAUGUGGAAGAUGAGGAGGCUGACCUGCGCAGGGCAAUACAGAUGAGCAUGCAAGGGGCAGUGAUGAGCAACACCUCUUCAGAACAUCAAACAGGAAAAGUCCUGUCCAGCGGUCAGACAACAGUCAGUGCUACAGCAGCUCAGCAGGAAAGUCAUAGUGAGACACUCACCGCUGAACAGCUGCGAAAGAAGAGGCAAGCCUACUUUGACCGACAACAGCAGCAAGCCCAAUCCAACAUUCCUCAACAACAAGAGUCAAAGUUACCUGAAAGUUCUGAAUCAAAGACAUCGGGGACCAAGCUGGAUGAGCAGCACAAACAGCCCUGA